CUCGCACAUCUGCAGCGAUGGGAAGCGGACAACAACGUCAUUUCUUUCCCCUCCUCUCCGCCUGUUCUCAAAAUCUCCUUCUACCCAAACCCCCCGCAGUCUUCUCCAUACAUCAACUAGACCCCCAAACGUCAUUCAGAUAACAGCAUACUACAAAGCUGCAACCAUGGCUAAAUCCCAUCCUGGAGUUCUGCAUGAAUAUGCCCCCCGCCUAACCGCCUUUGAAUUCACCUCUCAAACCACCAACGACAAACCCAACGCCCUCCUCUUCGUCGGCGGCCUAACCGACGGCCUCCUCACAGUGCCUUACGUCGAGAAACUCGCCCAAGCCCUCGAACCCACCCCCUGGACCAUCUACAACGUGCUCCUCACCUCCUCCUACCACGGCUGGGGCGUCGGCAGCCUGGACCAAGACAUCAACGAGAUCGCGCAAUGCGUGGACUUUGUGCGGGGGCGCCUCCCCGCCAACAGCAAGAUUGUGCUGAUGGGCCACUCAACCGGUAGCCAGGACGUACUGCACUACUUAUACAAGGAGAAUCCGACCAGUGGGGGCGAGGCCCGCGAGCGUCCGGCGCUGGACGGCGCGAUCAUGCAGGCGCCCAUGUCAGACCGGGAGAUGCUGAUCGCGACGACGAAGGGGAGCCACGAGUCGCACGCGGCGCUGAGCCAGCUGGUUCAUUUCGCGAGAACGCGCUCCACGACUGAGAUUAUGCCGCUGAAUUUGACGGCUGCCGUGGGCAUGCCGGCUGAUACGCCCAUCAAUGCUUAUCGGUUUUGGUCGCUGGCUAGUCCUGAGAGUCCCGAGACGCCGGCGGAGGAUGAUCUGUUCAGUUCGGAUUUGACGGAUCAGAGGUUGAAGGAGACGUUUGGGGUUGUUGGGGAGAGGGGCUUGCUGCGUGGUAAGCUCAUGGCGCUGUAUUCUGGGAAGGAUGAGUAUGGGGCGCCUGGGCUGGAUAUGGAGGGGAUGUUGCGGCGGUGGAAGGAGGCCACGGCUGGGAAGUGGGAUGAGGGCAGUGGGAUUAUCCCUGGGGCGACUCACAAUGUUCAAGAUGAGGGGCAGGAGUGGCUCGCUGAGCGGGUGACGGGGUAUUUGGGGAGAGUCUGAUUUGAAACAAUGCAGGUAGAGGCUUCAUGGAUUAAAGUAAUGUACAAAGUAGAUGGGGAAAUAGCUCAACAACCUUGAC